UCUCAGGUCACUCCCUCCAAAAGAUAGUGGAAAUAAAUUUGAAUAAACAAAACAGGUUUGCUGAAAAUAAAACCAGGGCACCUCCACUGGUCCAGUCAGCCUGCUUCCAGAAGGCCUGCCAGGCGGGAUUAGUACCUGUGGCUGAGUGAGUGAGCCGUGUCCAGCAUGUACCAGGUUGCUGCUUUCUUGGCUGUGAUAGUGGGAACCCACACGGCCAGUUUGCACACCCAGAGUGACUGCAGUCACUGGCCCAGCUGCUGCCCCAGCAAAGAACAAGACUCCACUCCGGAGUUGCUGACGUGGAACACUGCCUCUGUCUCUCUUAAACAGCCCACACAAUCCUGCAGGGCCAGCAGUGAUGGGCCCCUCAACACCAGGGCCAUCUCUCCUUGGAGCUAUGAGUUGGACAGGGACUUGAACCGGGUGCCCCAGGACCUGUACCAUGCGCGCUGCCUGUGCCCACACUGUGUCAGCCUGCAGACAGGCUCCCACAUGGACCAAAAGGGCAACUCGGUACCAAUCUACCACAACCAGACGGUCUUCUACCGGCGGCCAUGCCACGGACAGCAAGGUUGCCAUCAUGGCUACUGUCUGGAGCGUAAGCUCUACCGCGUCUCCUUAGCUUGUGUGUGUGUGCGGCCCCUUAUAAGCUCUUAGUCACGCUUGCCACCUACCUGAGGCUGAAGUCUUGCCGAAGCGGGCCAGGGUACCUGGGCUCUCAAGCCCUCCAGAGCUCUGCUGAAGCACCAGGGUCCUGGGACAAGAUGGAGAACUUGGGGAGAAACCCCCUACUUUUGCACUUUCGGAAAGAACUUUUGGGAAGGAGCAGCUCAGUUUCCGUUUGUGGCUGCUGGAAGAUGCUGUCAUGGCCUUCCCUCUCAGAAGACGUCUCCAAGGGCCUGCUGACCCUGGAAGCCACACU